AUGCUUAACACCGUUCCCAUCACCACUUCUGCCAUCUUGGUAUUCCUAAUCCACACCAUUACAGCCACCACCACCACCCCAGCCCUCGUCUACCGCGGCGACACCCGCAGCCCCGAGACGAUCGAGCAGUCGGGGGGCUUCCACAGCCGCGCGGCGUCCCUCGGGCUGGCAGAGGACUACAGCGUGACGCCGGUGGAGCACGUCAAGAUUUCGAGCUCGGACCGUCGGUAUCUGCACGAUCCGUGGAUAUCGACGGGCAAGAGCCGCAAGUCGACGUACUUUUUCAUCAGCGUGAGGCAGGAGGGCAGGACGGCUUGGGUGUACCACAUCAGGACCGAGGGGAUUUGCUUUUGCGACCUUCUCGAGGAGCACAGGAGGGCCGGGGUGCCGUAUACCAUGAGUCACGAGCAGGAGUAUGUGGCGGCGAGCUGGAUACCCUGGGACAACGUCGUCGGGUGGGAUGUUGUUGAGCCGGAUGGCAAGAGGGUGUAUGUACCAAAGAACUCGAUACCAAAACAACUUGAUGAAAUAGAUUAA